GGCGGAGAGGGUUUGUGCAGACGAUAUGCUACAUCAAAUUUACAUAUAUUUAGACACUUGCCAGUAUGGCUUGUAAAAACUAUUACUAUUUUUACUUCAUGGCGCAUUGAAAUCUACUAAAAACUCGUGAAGAGGAGCGGCAGUAUGGCUCGUCAAGGAGUGACGACGAUUAUCAUACUAUCAGCCCUCUUUGCAACGUUUUGCAUUGUAGGGGGGUCUGAAGGGGACCAGUCCCCUUUCUAUCGCAACUGUAUCGACAAAUGCAUUCAAGCAAAUUGCACUAAAGGGGGAAAAUUUGCUAACUUAAGUAACGAGCAUUACUCAACAUUAGACUCCUUAAUUGGGUGGACGUGCCAAGAUGAAUGUAGAUAUACCUGUAUGUGGCCAACAGUUGAGGCAUUCAGAGGUCGGAAUUGGAAUGUCCCACAGUUUCAUGGGAAGUGGCCUUUUGUGCGACUUCUUUGUAUGCAAGAAGUGGCCUCUGUCACGUUUUCAAUUCUCAAUUUCAUUGUCCAAUUCAAUGAAUGGAGAAAGUUUCGGAAAGAGGUGAAACCUGACUAUCCAUUUUACUGGAUGUGGUCAUUCUAUGUAAUGAUUUGUCUCAACUCAUGGAUAUGGUCUAUUGUCUUCCAUGCAAGGGAUACUUCAUUUACCGAAAUUAUGGAUUAUGUGUCAGCUUUCUCAGUUGUGACCUACUUUUUGUUUUGUUUUGGUGCAAGAGUGGGAAGCCACUUGUUUAGAGGUGCAACUGUUGUUCACGCCUGCCUCUGCAUCGCAUUAUAUGUCUUCCAUGCCACUUAUUUGCUGUUUGUGAAGCUGGACUAUGGUUACAAUAUGGUUGUUAAUGUCAGUGUGGGUGGUGUUACAUCCAUAGUAUGGUUUGCUUGGUGCAUUAAAAAUCGAAAAGAGCUUCCACAUACCCACUAUUUAAUGCACUUCUUAUUGGGCUUGUGGGCUACAAUGCUCUUUGAAAUUCUUGACUUUGAACCAAUAUACAAGAUUUUUGAUGCCCACGCCAUUUGGCAUUGUACUACAAUCCCUCUACCAUACCUGCUUUUCAGAUUUGUGAAGGCUGACUGCAAGUACUUACAUAAAGAGAAGGAGAAAAAUAUUUGAUUAUUGCUUUUUUUCUUUAGAAGCUUAAUGCCUAUCUAAAGACAGACUUCUUUUAUUUAUGCAAUGUUUUACCAAAGGACUGAAUGUGCACUAUCUGCACAUUCCACUAGUCAGUUGUGGGGAUAGUGUACUCAUUCACAACACGCAUAAUACAUUGAAUCAAAAUUUGUAGUCAUGCAGAACAACAACUGUGAUUCCCUUUUUUUCAAUCUCUAACUUUUUUUUGUUGAAAAAUUUAUGGUUGUUUUGUAUUUUUGAAUGGUGAAUGGUCAUCUUUCUUUGUUUUAUCUUGUAACCCGAGUGUGAGAUCUCUUUGAAUGCCUUCUCUCUCAUUUUUGUUAUGAAUGUUUGUCAAGAUAUAUGGACCAGAAUGAACUAUAUUUUUGUGUGGCUGGUGCCACAUGCUAUGAUUUAGUCCCUUCAUAGUCAACAAGGCCAUAUCUGUUUAGUGAUUCGUUUUUCUUUACGAUAAGCAAGUUCAUGUGUGCAUUUCAUGUCGGCAUUUAUUGUUUAUAUCAUUGUUUUUAAGGGGUAGUGCCUUUGUUAGUGAUGUUUUCUUGGCAGCUAAUGACAUUUGUUUCCCAAAUGUACAAAAGUAGACAAACAUCAACUUUAUUCGUCUUUAUAUUUAAAAAGUAUUUAUCGAUAUUAAGUAAGCAAAAAACUGAUGUUGUACACAAACUUUUUUUCUUUUUGCAAAUUUUUUUUUUGGAAUUGCAUUGAAAAAGAUUAAUUAUUCGCGCUGGCAGCUACCAUGUCAUAUUAGUGCCUUUAUUAUUAUUAUCAUUACUAUAUUAUUAUUGUUGCACUUCUUUUCAUAUUUUAGUAAGAUUUCUGAAAUUGUUGUGUUUAGCUUCACAUUGUGAUAGAAUUUGUGUGUUAAAUUUUUUCUGCACCUGCACUUUUGUGUGAUUUUUAGCGUUUGAGUUUUGAAGCAAAUCUUUUGUUUGUUUUUGGUUGGUUGGUUUUCUUUAUUAGAUUCAUCAAAUUUUUCUCUCAAUGACAGAGUUGUACAAAUACCCUUGAUAAUUG